AUGGCUUCCGCUCCCAAGCAACCAGUCAUUAUCGUCGGUGCCGGAGUUGUCGGCCUUGCUCUCGCUCAAGGCUUGAAGAAGGAGGGCAUCCCGUUCAUUGUCUUCGAUCGAGACGAGCAUAUCGACGCCUGUGGCCACGGCUGGGCAAUCACGCUGUGGGCAUUGGAGGCUCUUGGGCACUGUUUGCCCGCGCGUCUACUCGCCCGGCUCGAGGAAAUCGAGAUUGACCCCACAGAUGACCGGAAGCAAGGCGGCACUUUCACCAUGUAUAACCUUAAGACGGCCGAGCCUACUAUGAAGGUGACCCUUUCACAUCAGCGCAGGAUCGACCGUGAGAAGCUGAGGAAGCUUCUCUGCGAUGGCAUUGAUGUUCAAUGGAACAAAACUCUCAAGGAUUUCACCGAGACCGACAAGGGUAUGCUCGUCAGCUUUGAGGAUGGGACUUCAGUACUUGGUAGCCUUGUUGUCGGGGUUGAUGGAGCUCAAUCCAAGGUCCGGCAACAGCUUUGUCCAACUACCCACGAACUACACCAGUUACCUAUCCGCUUUCUCGGCACCACCAUCAAGAUGAGUCCAGAGGAAGCGAAAGUCUUCACAGAGCUUGAUAAGCUUAUGUUUCAGGCCACGCACCCAGACACCGGUACCUUCUUCUGGUAUGCCCUUUUGGGCGCCCCUGCUGUCAAUGGCUCCGACAAUACCUCAGAUCCCCACUACCGUUGCCAACUGAAUAUUUCAUGGCCAGUCAAGACUCCUGAUGAUGAGAUCCCCGCUACUAACGCUGGUCGGGUCCGAAAGAUCAAGCUGUUAGCUGAGGUUUUCGAGGCCCGUUUCAAAAAGCCCGUAAUGGAUAUUCCAGAAGAUCUUAAUAUUGUCGAGAUCAAAUUCCGCAAGUGGCCUGUGCUUCCUUGGCCUACACUGGGCGGUAAAAUCACUCUUGCUGGUGACGCUGCUCACGCCAUGACUAUGUACCGCGGAGAGGCUGCCAAUCACGGUAUCACGGAUGCCAAUGUGUUGAAGGAUAAUCUAGUCAAGAUGUGGGCGUCCGAGGGCGGUAUCUCCCAGGACGAGGCCCUCCAGUCUUAUGAAGCUAACAUGCGUCCUCGGACCCUCUGGUCUGUGAAUGCUAGUAGGCAGGCUUGGCUUGACUCCCAUGACCACGAGAAGAGCAACGUGGGUAGUGGCCUGGUGUCUGUUCAAGAGGCGAAUAAGGUCGCUGUCCCUAUUUCUGUCGGUUAG